GCAGGAAGAAAACGAAGAACCGUUACGUCUUCCUUGGUUCUCCUGCGGCAGCGGUCCGGUAUCGACCCGUCUUAAGUGACUGGAGCUUAAUGGAGGCGGUCUGAAUAGCAGCAUAACUGCUCCCGGCUGGAGGGAGGGGCGCUCCGGGGGCUUUUAGACGAGACUCGAGUCGGAGGAAGGAGGCUGUUAGUGAGAUCUGAUCGGAGGGAGUCAGCUGCAGACUCACAGAUGACAGAAACGCUCCUUUCAUCCACCAUGUGGUCCUGCAUCAAGAACUUCUUCACCUACGAAACCACCAAGUCUGUGGUGGUGAAGAGCUGGACCAUCGGCAUCAUCAACCGCGUCGUCCAGCUGCUCAUCAUCACCUACUUCGUCGGCUGGGUGUUUCUCUGCGAGAAAGCCUACCAGACGAGGGACACGGCCAUCGAGUCUUCAGUGAUGACCAAGGUCAAAGGCUUUGGCGUCCACAACGGCCAGAUCAUGGACGUGGCCGACUACGUCACUCCCACGCAGGGGGCUUCAGUUUUCUGCAUCAUCACCAAGACCAUCACCACAGAGAACCAAGUCCAGGGACUGUGUCCGGAGAGUGAGAAAAGGCUGAUCUGUCACAACGACAGCCAAUGUGAGCCCAAGAAGAACAAGCCGGGAGAUUACGGAAUCCUCACGGGCAGGUGCGUCCCCUUCAACGACACCAAAAACACGUGUGAGAUCAAAGGCUGGUGUCCUGCCGAGAUCGACACCGUGCAAAUAACACCAAUGAUGGAGGUGGAGAACUUCACCAUCUUCAUCAAGAACAGCAUCCGCUUCCCAACGUUCAACUACACCAAGGGGAACUUCCUGCCCUCCAUCAACAAAACCUACAUCCGAGGAUGUAACUUUGACAUGGAGAACAACACCUACUGCCCCAUCUUCAGAGUGGGAGACGUGGUCCGCUACGCCCACCAGGACUUCACCAAACUGGCAGAAAAGGGAGGGGUCAUUGGUAUAAAAAUCAGCUGGAUGUGUGACCUGGACAAGUCAGACGAGCACUGCAAACCUUCGUACUCUUUCACUCGGCUGGACGCCAUGUCGCAGAAGACCGAAGUCUCACCUGGAUACAACUUCAGGUUUGCCAAAUAUUACAAGAUGGAGAACGGGACUGACUAUCGCACUCUGAUCAAAGCCUACGCCAUCAGGUUUGACGUGAUCGUCAAUGGAAACGCAGGGAAGUUCAACAUGAUCCCCACCCUCAUCAACAUGGUGGCAGCCUUCACAUCAGUGGGAGUGGGAACGGUUCUGUGUGACAUCAUUCUGCUCAACUUCCUGAAGGGGGCGGAGCAAUACAAGGCCAAGAAGUUUGAAGAGGUGUCAGACAAGCCGAAGGAGUUCGAGAACGACAGCUUGUACCUCUCCCAGAUGUCGCUCAGACAAAAGUCCAGCCCUCUGAAGUCCAGCGACUCCGGAGCCUUUUCUCUGGGACGCUACAGCUGAGUCCAUGAAGCAGCAGCUGUCGUCUGGAGUUUGGUCCAGCAGAGACGUCCUGGACGUCCUGCAGCCAAACCUCCAGCUCUCUUCUGUCCACAAACAUUCACUUCUGAUUUGCAGCUCGGAGAAUUUUGACUGACGCAUGGCAGACUCUGCAUGGUGACAGUUUGGGCUGUCUGUAACUCAGAGUUAGAAUCAGUUUGAUGUCAUUUAUGACAAGAAGCACAGGAGUGAACCGGUUCUUUUGUGGUUUCAUUCUUGGGUUUUUCAAGUUUUUGAUUUAUUUCUUGAAACCGUCUGGAACUCUGAGCAUAAACAAAGCAGGAAAACCUGAUUUAGUUUGAAUAUUGAACAGAAUUGUGUUUGUCCUCUAAUAUAAAAAGUGUGAUGAGGUUUGUUUUUUAUGUAGAUGACUUUCAUCUAAAUUAAUGAUUGUUUUUACAGUUUAUUCCUUUAUUUAACAGGAAAAGAUUGAAAUAUAACCGGGCCAGACUCCGUUUUCUGCAGGUUUUCAAAUGUAUUUUUACUGAGGAUGUAACAUGAAUUUUUCUGACAUAUGGUGACCUUUCAGUACCCCCUGAACUGCAUCAAAUGUCUCGUGUUCUCCUGUGUUCGUGGUUUCUUUGCUGAUGUCUCUCCAGGAAUUCAGAUUCAGGUAAAACUUCAGGAAUCAGACCCGUAGAUGCUGAAGCUUUGAGACGUAUUUGUGUUUUAGAUCAAUUCAGACGCAUCUUUUUUUAUAAGGUUGAAUGUUUGGACAGGAAAUUAAACAUAGACUAAUUCAAGAUAAUUAACGUUAUUUCUGGAUGAUGCUGAUAAAAACCCACUUUUUUCAUGCGGAUCAAGAAGAUUCUCUGACUGAAGCCAUAACUGACUCCACACCAUCAAGCUCCCACCUCCGUGUUUUAGGGGUUCUUCUCAGUUGUUCAGAUUCUGCUGUGUUGACCCCAAAGGUCACCUGGUGGAGCUCCUUUUCAGCUGAGCUGCAGUUAUUUUCCCAUAAUUCCACAUUUCUUGUUAAGUUUACAUAUUUUUCAUGAUCACGUAUGAAAGUAACCUCGACGUUUCCCAUUUAGCGGUUCAUACUGAAGCAGCGACGCAUUCAUCUUCAGACAUGUAGCAUGAAUUUAAACAGUUUCGUACUCCAUGAUUAUUAAAGCUAUUAGAAACAGACAUAUUCAAAUGAUUAAAGAUGUGAAUUUAUGAUAUAAAUAAGAUUUUCUGCUCUUUUUGAAAUGUGGAUGUGAUUCAUGUGAAAAUAAACGGAAAUG